GUUAGCCUACACAACAAAUACUAGUACUUCUCCAUCUUUGUGCUGAAGACUCUUUUACAUCGGUCAAAGCCAGUGAGAUCCUCCAGGAAUCGAAUCCCUAACAAAUGGCCACUUCAGCGAUACCAAUUCUAUUAUGUGGUAGACGUGAGAGCGUCGGAGCAACCGCCAUCGAGAUGCUGAAACCUGAGUAUGAAGUUGUUCAUUUUAUUACGAGUCCGGAAGAUGGUCGGACCAAUAUUCCUCUCAUUCUGUCUGGGCGUGGGCCCAGUAGCCAACAAAGCGACUUGGGCACUAAAGAUUUCUCCCAAGUGCCUCGAGCUAUCGUGUUCGGUGGAGGCUAUGACGAUACUGUGAUUGAUGAGUUGCGAAACACAGUGAUGGGAACUCCAGGUUUGAAAAAGGUGCCUUGGGUAAAGGCCGAUCAGCAGAAGACCGCGGCCGGCCCGCAACCACGGACCAAGGCAUACGUCGAAGCAAUUGCACCUCGUAUAAAAGAAGCACUGAGGCUACUAGAGGCUAAUGGAAGCCUGGGAGGCAGCGAAGACGGUAUCUUUAGCUGGUGAAAAUCGUUGGGCGAUGCAAGGUACUGCCAAACUGAACGAAGCGAUCCACGAGUUGGGAUGUCCUCAUCAUGUUCGGGUACUGGUAGUAUAGUAUAUUGGUCGCCAGGAGUGACC